GGCAAAAGACACUGAAUCACAAACUUCACACAGGCUGUAGUGUUUGUGUGUGUUUGUGAAUUCAGUGCCUAUUUAUUGACAGGAGAGAGCCCACAUCUUUCUUGUCAGAGUAUCCAAUUCUCAGAAAACUGCUCAGCUGUCCUAGUCUCACCCCAUGUCCUUCCAUCUUCUUUGCGCUUGGGUUGGUGCUCUAAGCUUAUGACGGGGGGAUUACGGAGCUUGAGGCAAGUCAGGAUGCAAAGACCCUUUAUUCAUCUACUGUGAAGAAGACGGCUGGACAGCUUAUAGGAGCACCAUUCAACUCUGAGUAUUUCUCAAUAUCUGGAGCCUGGAGGAGAAUUUCGGGCACCUGAAGACCAUCAGAAUGAGUGACAGUUCUGCUCAGGCUCCUCCGGCUUCAGACCAGGGUCCCACGGCCCCACGCAAGGGGCCCCCUAAAUUCAAGCAGAGGCAGACUCGCCAAUUCAAGAGCAAACCUCCAAAGAAAGGUGUGAAAGGGUUUGGAGAUGACAUUCCAGGCAUGGAGGGGCUAGGAACAGAUAUCACAGUGAUUUGUCCCUGGGAGGCGUUCAGCCACCUGGAAUUGCAUGAGCUUGCUCAGUUUGGGAUCAUCUGAGGCACCAGAGGUUCUGCCACUCAACAGCGUCUGCCAUAACUUCGAUUACUUUUGCCCGAUUGUCUGCUAGUCUUGAAAUUCAGCUGUUCGGAAGUGGUUUCUUUGGCUUAUACAGUCAUUUCCCAUUAGUUACUACUAACAGUUUGCUAGUGUCAGACUCUCUCUUGCAGUACAGCUCAGCCCAGAAUAGUGGAUGAACAUCAACUUCUGUUAGGGAGUUUCAAAAUUUACCACCUUUUCCUAUCAGCCAGUUAGAAGUCAUCAGUAUUUCUCCACAAUUCGUUUAUUUAUUAAGUCCUUCAAAUCAGUUUUUGCUAGGCACUCAUUACGAUCACUGCUAAGCUUUUAAGAGAAUAUUUAUGUCACUCCCCUCCCUUCUCAUUUAAUAAAGGAGAUCUUUACCUUGA